AUGGCCACUUUAUCAAAUGUAUAUUACAUGUGCCUUCUUUACGGUGAUCUCAAAGAAGAAAUCUACAUGAUAGCAUCAGAGCAUCAGAAAAUUAUUAAAGAUCCCAAGGCUAUUCUACCAGUUGCUUUUGUCACGUUCGGCUCUAGAUGGGGAGCAGCAGUGUGUGCACAGACACAGCAAAGCAAGAAUCCUACACUUUGGUUAACUGAAUGGGCACCUGAACCACGUGAUGUUUACUGGAAGAAUCUAUCAAUACCAUUUGUUUCCCUCAGCAUUCGAAGGCUGAUAAUCUCAAUAUCAGUAUUUUCUCUGGUGUUCUUUUACAUGAUUCCCAUUACUUUUGUACAAUCCCUUGCAAAUCUGGAAGGUCUUGAAAAAGUUGCUCCUUUUCUUAGGCCAGUCAUAGAAUUAAAGUUGAUCAAAUCUUUCUUGCAAGGCUUUCUGCCUGGUUUAGCUUUGAAAAUCUUUCUAUACAUCCUCCCAACUGUUCUGAUGAUAAUGUCAAAAGUGGAAGGUUAUUUGUCGCUUUCAGCACUUGAAAGAAGGGCAGCCGCUAAAUAUUAUUAUUUUAUGUUGGUGAAUGUAUUUCUUGGAAGCAUUAUAGCUGGAACUGCUUUUGAACAACUGUAUUCUUUUCUUCAUCAGUCGCCAACUGAGAUUCCAAGGACAAUUGGGGUAUCCAUACCAAUGAAAGCCACGUUCUUUAUGACAUACAUAAUGGUUGACGGGUGGGCAGGCGUUGCUGUUGAGAUUCUUCGAUUGAAGCCGCUUGUGAUAUAUCAUUUGAAAAAUAUGUUCAUUGUCAAAACAGAUAGGGAUAGAGAAAAGGCAAUGGAUCCUGGCAGCAUUGGUCUUUCUGAGAAUCUUCCCACUCUACAACUUUAUUUUCUUCUUGGACUCGUUUAUGCUGUGGUUACUCCAAUUCUUCUCCCGUUUGUUCUUGUAUUCUUCAUCUUCGCUUUCCUUGUUUAUAGAUAUCAGAUUAUCAACGUUUACAACCAAGAAUAUGAAAGUGCUGGUGCAUUUUGGCCUCAUGUGCACACCCGAAUUGUUGCAAGCUUGUUGAUCUCCCAGCUACUACUUCUUGGUUUACUGAGCACAAAGAAAGCUGCGCACUCCACCCCUUUUCUCAUUAUUCUACCUGUGCUAACUAUUUGGUUUCACAAGUACUGCAAAAGCCGAUUCGAACCCGCCUUUAGAAAAUAUCCUCUCGAGGAGGCAAUGGAGAAGGAUACAAUGGAGAAAGCCUCUGAACCCAACCUCAAUCUGAAGGCCUAUCUAGCAGAUGCAUAUCUUCAUCCCAUAUUCCAAAUGUUAGAGGAUGUGGAACUGGGAGAUAUCAGAGCUGACAGGAACCAAGCCAACAUUAGUUCACCCCAAAUUACUGAACCCGUUUCCACACCUUCUCCUCAUUAUGUCUUUGAUCAUGCUUCAUCGCCUCGCCAUCGAUACGAUCAUGCUUCAUUUCCUCAUCAUCGAUACGAUCUCGAUUCAUUACCUCGCUAUCAAUAUGAUGAUGAUGAUGAUUAUUCGCCACCUCAUUAUGUGUAUCACCAUGAUAUAUAAUCCAGCCAAUUGCUUCAUAGCAAUGCUGGCUAGAAAAGCACAGGUCUUGUGUUUGAUUUAGGCUUCGUUUGGGAUUGCUGUUUUACUGUUUUUUAAAGCAACUUUUUAGUUCAAAAUUAAAAUUUUUAUACUAAAAAGCUACUUUAAAAAGCAGAAAGAAAGUUAUCCCAAACAAAAUCUUAAUUUUUAAUAUAUUCUUUCUAGCUUUAUCUAAUUGUGAAUACUGACUAACUGAACCAUCUCAAUAGAUCUUCAAAGUUUAGAGUCAA